CAUCGGAAGUGUUUUCUCGAGUUCGAGAGUUUCUCUACUCAUCGGUAGUUGCUAGUUGGUACCUUGAUGUACCAUACACUUAGAGUAUAGUCCUGUUGCAACUCUCAGAGCCUUGUGUCGUGAAUUUAUGUUCACAGGUGUCAAGUUUGCUAAUCUAAUUAGCCACUUUGGCUGAAGUAGUUUCACGUGCUGUGACAGGAUGAAUCAGUGAAUAAAUUGGCGAGAUAUCUAAAGUUUCUGAAAAGUUAUAUUUAAAGUUGAAACCUAAUUAAGUGCACAUUGUUGCGUAAAGGUUGGCAAAGUGUAUUGUGAACAGAUACAUUCGCUUAGAAAAUAAGCAACCCGUUGGUGAUAAUCAAAGAGCAGUGUAUUGCUUGCAAGUGUGUAUAGAUGUAAUAUUUGUGUGACUGAAUGUGAGUCACCAAGUCAUGCAAUAAGUGGCUUUACGAACAAAUUGCAUACAUCUGAGCAGGAAUAGUGUCCCUGUGUUCAGCAGAUAAGUGCGGUGUAGAUCACGUUUUGCACGUUUGCUACGCAAGUCGUGUAAGCUUUGCAGAAAAGGAGAUCUAGCCUGUUACGUACAACAUCCUAGCACGGGAGGCUUGCCUGUGUCCACAGACUAAACACUUCGAUGGAUUCGUUCGCACAUUCCUGUACACAUUUACUCACAGUGAAUCAGCAAAUAAAUCAAUACCAUUCCCUGACGUAUUCAACGACAACGAGGGUUAAUAAGUAGACAACCCUCUAAGCAGGAGUUUGUUACGUUUUUUUUUUGUUUAGUGAGUAUCUUUUGCUGCAGUUGUAGCAGAAGCAGCAGCAGUCCAUAAGGGAAGCGUGUUAGCCGGUGUGCUCCCACGUGACGGAAGCAGCAUGGAAUGGCUGCUAGCCAAUCCGCAGAUCAACAGCACGUUCGGUUCGCUAGGUUCCUACGUGGAUGAUGUCUACCUGGUCAACGACGAUUGUUUGAGGACUCUAGAGGAAAUAAUCUGCAAGCUGGCCGUUGAGGAUACAGCUCUGAGAACGUUUCGUCGAGCGAUCGGGUUUGGUCAGAAUGUCAAGAACGACAUAGUCCCCCUGUUGGUCAAUGCCAAGGAUUCAAAGAUUAUCGAUACAACGAUUCGGUUGUUGGUUAACCUGACAGUGCCGGUCGAAUGUUUGCUGCCAGUAGAGUCGAUCUCAAGAUCGGAAAUCGGACGGCACACGGUCUUUGAGUUGAACAAGCUGUUGAUUACCAGUAAGGAAGCGUUUGUGGAAUGGAACAACACAAAGGCUGUGAUUGAUCAUAUGAAAAGUAUACUGGAAAAGGACUCUAAGCUCUCGAUACAGAAUUGCGACAGCAUCAAUAAUUGUUUGCUUUUGUUAAGAAACAUCUUACACGUUCCUGAAGGGAACGCAGCUGGUGGACCAGGUCCACAUCCAUACCCAAGCUCUAGCCAUAACACAUCGUUUCAAAAUCAGAUAAUAUGGAACCUGUUUACGCAAAGCGUCGACAAACUGCUAAUUUAUCUCAUGUCAUGUCCCCAGCGAGCAUACUGGGCCGUUACAAUGGCUCAGUUGGUUGCACUGAUGUACAAAGACCAGCACAUCAGUACACUGCAAAAGCUCUUGAAUAUCUGGUUUGAAUCAACCAUGACGGAGAGUUCGGAUGAUAACGAAAGUAAUACAUCUCCACCACAGCAAUGUAGUGGAGAUUCGAGCCCCAUGCUUACUUCGGAUCCCACUUCGGACUCUUCUGACAAUGGAAGUGGCAAAAUGCCAUCGUCGAUCAGCAAUACCCCAGAGGAAACCGACCAGGUUACCAGAAAAGGUACCGAGUUCCCAACUCAGACUAUCCUAGCCAGGGCAAUCAAAUCCCAUCAAAUGUACCACCAGUCGAUGAAAGCCGGACACGAAAACAGUUGUUCUGCGAAACAGCCAUGGACUAACUCCACUUCUACUCAAGACGCAGCAAAGCCGCCAUCAUCGAUCAACGAGUCUAAUGAAGUCAAAAAAUGUUCCAUACAAUCGGAGAAGAACCCUUCCCCGUUAGCAUGCCCCAAUCUGCAGAGCAAAACUCUGGAUUCUGCGACGACAGCAAAACCUACAACCACAGUCGUUGCCAAAUCUCCCCUUAGUCCUCCAGAUUCCCCUUCUUCAAAUUCCGACGCAAAGUCUCCACCUGCUCAUGGCACAAAAAACCAAAGUCAAGUAUCACUGUCUGAAAACUCGGAUUGUGGCUACGGGACCCAAGUGGAGAAGGAAUCCAUAUCAACGUCCAGUAAUGAAGACGAUGGCCCCAAUCCGAAACCCAUUCAUCAGAAGCCACCUCCAAAUCAGAAGCAGCGUUUCAACGCAGCCAACAAGCAGCGGCAUCCUGUUGGCAUACAGAACAAGAAGGAGCUUCGCCGAAAAAAGUUGGUCAAGCGAAGCAAGAGUAACAUUAUCAACAUGAAGGGCCUGAUGCAUCAUGCCCCGAGCGAUGAUGAUAUCUCUCAUAUUUUGAAGGAAUUUACAGUGGACUUCUUGCUCAAAGGGUACGGCUGCCUCGUACAGGAGCUGCACACACAACUGCUGUCCGAUCUGCAAGUACAAAUCGAUACGUCUCAUUUCUUCUGGCUUGUGACGUACUUUUUGAAAUUUGCCGCCCAACUGGAGCUGGACAUGGAGCAUGUUAACGGUGUGCUGUCGUUCGAAAUCGUCAGCUAUUUGACCUACGAAGGCGUGAUGCUGUGCGAACAGCUGGAACAGCUGAGUCGGGAGCCCCACACCGAUCUGAUGCCGUGCCUGAGAAGGAUUCAUUUGGUCGUAACAGCCAUCCGAGAGUUUCUGCAAGCACUUGAUACUUACAAAAAAAGCACCCACCUUACAAAGGAGGAUAGCGAGAAGCUUGCUCUACUGCAGAUUCAGAUAAGCCGUACAGAGGAUUUGAAGUGUUUAUUCGUGCUCCUGCUGCGAUGCUACAAUCCGAGCGUACAGAGCCGACAGUACCUGCAGGACUUGAUAGUGACAAACCACAUCCUUCUGCUGCUGUUGGAUAAUGCGGGGGAUACCGAAAACGGCAGCGCCGGGGGCAUGUUGACUCAUAUUAAGCAGUUUGCAACGGUCGAAAUUAUGCAUCAAUAUGGGCUACUGUUGGAAGAUUUCCGCGAUAACGGAGCUUUCGUUAAUGAUUGCAUCUUCACCAUGAUGCACCACGUGGGUGGCGAUUUGGGACAGAUCAAUGUACUGUUUCAACCAAGCAUACUUAAGACUUAUUCGCAAAUUUGGGAAACGGAAUAUGAAAUAUGCGAUGAUUGGUCGGAUCUUAUCGAGUACGUAAUUCACAAAUUCAUCAACACACCCCAACCCAGUCCGCUGGCAUUGACGAACACCAUACCAGAGAUCAGCACUCAGCUGAUGUCAGCAAAUCUGCUAAGCCCAUGGACCCAGGAAGAGCAGAACUCGCUUCAAUGGUACUACGUGCAGUGCAAGCAGAGUAAAUGCUUGGUGGCAGAUAUAUGGAAGCUAUUUCAGGAGAAUGGAAACCUACAGAAGACACGUGUUUCGAUUAUCGAGCAACUGUGGGAACAGGAUAUCAUUACACUAACGCAAUACGACGAUUUGAUGAAGGUGGAGAACCCAGACUACGAACGAAACUUACAGACGCCAGCGCUGUCCGUUGCAUCGGGAAAUUCCGGUAAACGGGAUAGUGAGAAUAGGACUUCUUCGAUGGCUGUCGACGAUAUUCAGGUUUUACGAGACCGUUUAUUGAAAGAAAACAAGGGCAAUAUGAUAGUCUGGUUGCAGAAAAGCUUACUGGACUGUUGCUACGUAAAGCUGAAUCUUCUCGGAGGCACUUUGGAAGAUUCAAUCGAUGUGAACGAACAGGACAACGUAGUCAAGAUGGAACCAGUUUCCUAUCACUGCAUUUUGAAAAAGAAAUCAAUCCCAGUGGUCCCGUGGAAUCAAGAGCAUCUAACCGUUCUUUCAUAUCAGCCAUUUGUGUUACUACUGCACAAGCUUGGGUUCCAUCUGGCGGCCGAUGCCAAAAAAAUGUUUGUGCGAAUCCCCGAGUUCUGGACUGCUGAUAUCCUGUACAACAUUGCCCUCAAGUUGGGACCGUUGGAAGAAUCGAUCAUCAAGUUCGACCUGAAGUAUCUCAAGGCUGCGCUGUCUCUGGAGAAACUAGCAAAUACCGAUGUGUAUCCAAUGUCGGAAAUCAGCCUUGAUAGCAUCAACACCCUAUCCAGGUCGAAUAAGUCAAAUUCUGUUGGCAGAUUUGCUCCGGAUGUUAGCUCCGACUGGUUAAACGUUGUGAUGAGGAACAAGAGUGUAGAAAGUAAACGGACGAUGGAUAUGUCGCAUUCAUCGAAGGCAGUAGGCCUUGCUAACGCCACCCACCCGAACGGCAAAGCGAAUGGAAAACCAACCACUCAGACCAGACUAAAGCACGAUCUUUCAGUCAUUGUGGAAGCAUCAAACGGCGAAAUGAACGAUGAACUACCCGUGGUCGAUGAUGAUGAUGAUGACGACGAGCUGGAUCACACCGAUGGACCAUGUCUGGAGGAGCAUGACGUUGUUAGUGCCUGCGAUACCGCAUCGGUUGCUUCUGACUUGACUCGGAUGUACGUUAGUGAUGAGGAUGACAAACACGACAUCGUACCGCCGAUCCACUAAGAGCGUUUGAUUCUUAUCACAGUCGACCAGGAAUAGGAUCCGGUCCCGGUGCUUGGAUCCGUUGCACCAGAAUCAUCACCAUCGUCAUGAAUAUCACAACCACAAUUAUCGAAGAUAAUGGCCUCCAAACGGAAGAUGAAGAACUUCCCAUAACGGGGCAUCAUAUCCAUAUCCGACGUCGUUCUACGUAGUCUAAGCAUGUCUUACCAGUGCAAUUUUGCAGUUCAGCCGCACUUAUUUAUGUAUAUAGAUGUUCUUAAAGGAUUCCACAAAUGAAAAACCUGAUGAUGUCGUUAUGAAAUAUCAAAAUAUAAUCUACGUUAUACUGUUGAGACAGAAAGAUUAAAAGCAUGAGUAAAAAAUAUCAAUAUCACACUUUCUAGUUCCUAAGAUAACGUUGUAGAUCUUACUAACCACAUCACAACACACACUGUAACCACAACAACAACAAUCAAUUAUAUCAAAUAUAUACUGCAAUUAAGAUAAGCAUGUUCAGAUAAGGACGCAAAGCUUUCGAAGAGGUGGAAGUGGUGAGUUGAUUGAUAAUUUAUUAUUCACCAGCAGGAUGCAGCAUCCAGAAAUGUCUGGCCAACAUCAUGAAAAAAAAAAGUCAUAUUCAACAUUGCGUGGGAACCUUCUUCUAUAAUUAAUAUUGAAUUUCACAAGGAAGGACGUUAAUAUUGCAACGGAACCAAAUUCACAUUGAAUUGUUAUUAUAAUGAUCAGAUUAUAAUCUAACGUAAAUGCUUUUAGUGUUGCAUUAGAAUGUUCUGCAAAUUUACCAAAAAAAUAUUUAUUUGACCCUAAAGGGGGUGCAUUACAGUGGUAAGGUAUUUGCAGUUAAAUUUUUCUUUUCUUUUUUUUAAAGGACUCCCAUCGUAAGGAAUAGUUUUGAACAAUAUUGGAUGUACAUUUAUUGUGCUAAUCAUUUUCCAAAAGUUGAUUUCGGAGAAAUAAGGAAAUCGUCAUUGAGUUAAAAAAAUUAUAAAGGCAGGAAUCGUCCAGUUCCCUUAAAAUCUACCAUCAUCAAUUGAAUUUUUUUUCAUAUAUGACUUUAACUCUCAAAUUCCAACGUCAAAAAAUUGGGAGUGAAGGGACCAUCUUUGAUGAUCUUUUUCACUGAGUAGACUUUUUUUUAUUAUGGAUACUACUAUAUAAAUGUGACUAAAGUGAGAGAAAUUUUAUCAUUUAUAACAUUUAUAGAAAAAUAAUAAAUAACCAUGACGUUUGACUUUCAUAAUGAAGAUCUUAUGUAGGGUUAGAUCACGAAAUUAGUUUAAAUUUCAUCAAUCAAGUGAGUAUUCUCGGUGGGGAGAACAGCAAAACGAAACAGGUAAGAAGCAGUGUUCCCAAAAACUUUAAAUAAAUCAAAGUUCAUGCUUGAGUUUAUCACCAAUCAGUUUUGCCUUGCGUUAAUUUCCGGGUCAAAAAUGCAUUGCUUUAUAUUUGGGUUCAUUGCUUUUGCAUUAUUUAAUGGAAAACUAACAAAACAUGCAGGAGCAUGCUAUCGAUUGUCGUUUGGGAGAUUUUGAAGAGGUUUAAGCUAGAAUAAAUUUGUGUCGUUAUGAGUGUUUUUAAUUUUUGACGUUGUCAGAUAAUCUUAAGCGUAAGUUGUUGAAGAGCUUUUUGAGUGCGUAAAUUAUUCCUUUUAAUUCCGUCAUGAUUGCUUGUAUUUUGACAGAUACGCGUAUUUCGUCUUCUAAUCAGUGCUGUAAAUUCUCAAAAUCAUUUGAACAUUUUUGAUGAAAAUGAGAAAAGUAGCUAUUCGCUAUCAAAGGGGACCUCCUCCGAAUUGGUGAUAUCAGUUGCUUAGUCAUUUGACGAAGGCAUGGAUCAUUCUCAUCUGAGAAACGCUAUAUAUCAUUCAAUUGAGUGUAACCUACACACAAACGGAGCUCUGGUCGACAUUCCGGCAAAAAAGCGAAGCCAACCCGACACCAACAUGACUUCUAUCAAACCCCAACCCGAUGUUGACCCGACAUUGACCUGACAUAAACUCAAAAUUAACCCGACAACAACACGACAUUGGGUCGACAUCGACCUUAAAUUAGCCUUACAUUGAUCCGACAUCGGGUCGACUUGUCUGUUCGGGACCAUUUUUCUGGAUUUCUUCCAUACUCCACUGUCGUAUAUCAAAUGAUACUGAGUGACUCAAUUGACAGUGACAAUGAGCUUUGAAUGAGAAAGGGGCUCUUCAAAUUAUCGUCAUGUGAGAAUUCGUUUACACAGAAUUGAUUGAAUGGUUGUAUUGGUUCAUCUUCAAUCGAAUGAUAUGAAAAUUUACAGCACUGCUUCUAAUUGCAGACUUCAUCAGUGCCAAGCAGUGCUGCAAAAUCUCGACAGUACACGGUGAUAUUGACAAUUCUGCUUUGGUCACCCAUUUGAGCCAACAGUCAUAGUCAAGGCAAACCAUGUCAAUUGUCAAUGACAAUGGUGUCAGUGACGAACAUGUGAAGAUAUGUUUAUUAGCUAAAUUUGCUACAAAAUUAAAUGACUUGAGCAAAACAAUCACAUGGAUCCAUUUUAGUGAACAAGUAUCUACGUUCUGAGCUACUUGGAUAACAAUAAUGUGACACAGAAUGUACUAAAUUACACAUUUUGUUACCAGGUGAAUCUUUGUCAUUGACGAAAAAAUGAAUGAGAUUUUGACGAAGGUUUUUUUGAGGAUCAAGUCUGUCAGUGAGUAUGUGACGAACAAUUUUGUCAAUAUCGCGCGAAAGUCUGUCAAUGACAAUGACAAAUCUCAGCACUGGUGCCAAGUACUCAACACCACUGCAAGUAGUAGACGAAAUACGCGUACACGUCAAAAGAUAACCAAUUAUAACGGAAUUAAAAGGAAAUAAAUUAACACACUCAAAACGCUCUUCAUAAAGGUAUUCCAUAUGGAGGUUCGAAAAAAUUAAUAGAUCGCGAGUUUUAGUUUGCAGAUUUUCUCAGUUGACCGCAAUGAAUGAGAUUUCGAAUGAUUUUCCGAACAAUGGAAGUGGUAAAUAUUUACUACUCGCACCCAAUUCAGCACGUAAAAUGUGAUCAGCGUAAAAUAGAAUCCGUUCAAGGGCGUAGGCAGCUUUCAAAAUUCAUUUCUGGUGGUUGGUUUUCUACCUGUGACAUUCCGGUUGAUUUAUUUACUCUAAUUAAUAAUUUCUCAAAUUUUCCCGGGAAUUAACAUGCAAUCGUUACUAAAUUAAUGCAGCAAUAAAAGUUAUGAAUGAUCCGAGGGAAGUUGGAAUCACCUUCCAGGGAAAAACGAAAAAUAACUUUCUGUGAAAAUUAUCAGAAGGUUUCAGACAAAGUCAGAAUUAUGUUCUGGGGGAUGUCAGAAAAAAACUUCCGGAAAAACAGGAGAAACUUCCGGAAGAAGUAAAAAAAUACUUCUGGGGAGAUGGCGUGGGAGUUGGAAAACUAAACUUCCUGGUGAAAUAAGUAAAAAAACGUCCGAAGGGAGUCGUAAAACACUUCACAAGUGUGGAGAAACUUUCGACGUAUAUGGACAAAAUGUCCGCGGGAAAGAAGAUUUUUUUCAUUCGAUUAUUUAGAAAGCUCAAUCGCGUUAGCUUUACGGAGGCGAUUCAAACAUUUUUUUUUAAAUUAAUAAUUAAAACAAAAAGAGAGACAUAGAGUUUAUUUUUUCCAUGCAUACGAACUAGUUUCCAAACUGCUACCUCAUACAUACAACAUUCUUUUGUUCAGACCACAGAUUGCAGCCGUUUGGGGGCUCAGUUGUCUGUGCCUGCUCUGUCCAAUAGAUCCGCUACUCGAACGCCAAAAGAAACAACCAAUGGUGGUUAAAAAGGCACUGCUAACACGAUAGCAUGCUAAUAUAACGAUUGUGUGAACUUACCUAUGAAAUUCUGGACUUACUUGUGUUGCUAAAUCAUCGGUUGUGGGCAGAGAUGCCAGAUUUUUUUCUAUGCAAUUCCGUAGACUUAUUCAAAUCUAUGGAUUUCUACGGAUUUUUUUUAGUCGAAGGUGUUAUUUUUUUUAGUUCUAAGUUGAUAUUUUACGUUAAAUGAUAAAUCGAUGAAAGAACGUUUGAAAAAAAAUACCAGGGACAGUCCUCUGGGGUUGUACGCAAUGGUGACGUCGGACUACGUGGUCUGUAUAUAAUAAAUGUUAUUUGUUAACUGCAGCAGGACUUGUGUUUUGUGUAGAAAUAGGAAUUUGAGCGGGGUUCUCUCUGUUUAUACUUUUUUUCAGGGCAAUCGAAAAGAAGCUUUUGAUAUGAAUUUUAGUUGGGACAUGUUCAGAAAUUUAACUCUUUUGGGAAAUCUUGGUGGCUCUGAAAAGGGCCGAUAGUAGUACAGGCAUGAAUACCAUGGUACUGUUGCACCUGUAGUUUUUGGCAUACUUUUACUGAUUACUUCCCGGGGAUGCUUGUUCAGCCAUAGCAAGAUGUGCGCGUGGGGACUUCCACGGUGCUGAAAUUCAAUCGUGUCAACCAGCUUGUUGAAGUACACGCAGCACGUGACUGGAUGAUCAUUCAUCAGAGUUGCUCUUUGUAGUGCAGUCAAUUCCUGGAUUGGAUCUGUUAAGUCAUUGCCAUUGUGUCCGUCUGACAACCGAUGUAAGAGAUUCAACAAAUGGGCCACUUCAUCUCACUUGCACUGAGUGUGAGGAACAUCGUAGGCUUUCCCAAUUGUCGCAUCAUGGUGAACAAAUUUCUCUUCCUUUGUUGCCAAUACUGUACUGAAAUCGGUAUUGAUUUGAGGAAGGAUAGAUUUCGCUCAAUGCACUGCUCCAUGAAUAAUGCGGUCCUUAAUUAAGGUCCACGUGUAAUGUUUGCGGUCGCCGUGCACUUAAAAGUACAUUGCAAGCCUUCGGAAACUCUAAGCCGAAGAACUUUCAUUGUCAUAUACAACAAAUUUGGUUUGGCCACACGCCUGUCUUGACGACGAGUUUCACUGGAUGUC